UGAAUCAGUUGUAAUAUGAUUUAAGUUAUAAUUAUUAGAUAAAACAAAAUGUAAACACUCCAUCGUUCUGCAAUAGCGGGGAAGAGAAAAUUCGACAUUAAAAUUAGAUUUCAUUUGAUUGUCUGAGGUGAACCGAACAAGUCUGUCCAAACCGAACUGGUCGCUUCAUCCUAGAAAAAGAUUCCAAACAAUGAUCUUCCUCGUCAUAAAAGAAAAAGGAGCAGCUUUAAUUUUGACAGCAGUUUUAUUGGGUAUUUUACAUCAAGGCUUAGGAGACCAAUGUACUAUACAUGUUGAAUACAAACACUGUACGAAAGAUGUGAAAAUGAAAAGUUUAGUUUUUACACAAGAAUUAGUUGAUGUUGAAUAUGAAAGGAUAACAUGUAGAUGUGGUUUUAAAAUUCAAGAAAUGGGUUAUGAGUAUUUUGCAAUGCAAAGAGAAACUGAUAAGAAGGUUGCAUGUUUCGUUUUAAAGAACAUAUCGACUUCAAAACGAAACAUAUUUUCUGUUUUGGACGAGUUAAAAAAUCUGAGGUCCCAGAGUACGUGUUCUCAGUCAUGUGACCCGAAUGGUUGUAUUCAACUUGGAACUGAGCCGUAUUUUGCAGUAUAUAAAGCCAUUUCGGACAUAGUCACUCUUCCUUCAAAGACAGACACGACGAUCGAGACAAUAUUGUUAUCAAGCAGCACACAAAAGCCAUUUAUAAGACCAACUCUUGGAAGGAAGAAAAAUAUAUUUACAUAAGUAAAGUAAAAUUAGCUUAAUUAGAAAGAUGGCAUCAUAGCUUAUUGCAAUGGAAUAAUUAGUUUUCUUCGACAUAUUUACCGUCAUUAAAAAAUAUUUGUUUGCAGAUGA